AGCGCGCAGAGGAGGGAGCCCCUUAGCGGCCGCGGGGCGGGGGAAGGGCAAGCAUAUAAAACGAAACUCUCCCGCAGAAUACGUCCUCCUUAGCUUACCGCCCCCUCCCUCAGCAGUCUUCUCAUUAGCUAAAUGGUCCCUCUAUUGUCCCGCCCCCUAUUGGCUGAGAGUCAAGUUCUACGGGCGAUGGGUCGACGUUUUCUUUCGUCUCCUGCCAUUGGCUGUGUUCUAUUUGGUCACGCCCACUCUCUGUUGUUCCCAAAUAUGGAGACAGGGAGUCUGGAUUAUACCAACCGAGAAAGGGGUUGGGAGGAACAGAAUGCCAAAGACAUUGGUUAUGUUACGCGCGUAGGUGGGUGAGUGGAGGUGUUGGUUCCCUUUCGGUGUGAUAUACGAAAGUCUUUCUCCCCCAUCCCAAACUCCUUAUUCUAGCGACUCGGUAGGAGCGAAGGGAGCGAGGGUAGGGAUCAAGAACACCCCCUCUACGAAGAGCUUUGGGACCAUCCAGAUAUUCUGGAAGUGGAGGAUUUUUUCUUGGUGGGGGUUACUUCCGCUUCCGUUCCCGGGACCAGGAUUCAAGGCUGCAGCCGCCGCCGCUUUUCCUGCCAUGACUGCCACCCUCCGCCCCUAUCUCAAUGCAGUGCGUGCUACCCUGCAGGCUGCCCUGUGCCUGGAGAACUUUUCGUCCCAGGUCGUGGAGCGGCACAAUAAGCCAGAGGUGGAAGUCAGGAGCAGCAAAGAACUACUGCUGCAGCCAGUGAUCAUCAGCAGAAAUGAGAAAGAGAAAGUCCUCAUUGAAGGGUCUAUCAACUCUGUGAGAGUUAGUAUUGCAGUGAAGCAGGCUGAUGAGAUUGAGAAGAUUCUGUGUCACAAAUUUAUGCGCUUCAUGAUGAUGAGAGCAGAGAACUUCUUCAUUUUACGUCGGAAACCAGUUGAGGGCUAUGACAUUAGCUUCCUGAUCACAAACUUCCAUACAGAGCAGAUGUACAAGCACAAGCUGGUGGACUUUGUCAUUCAUUUCAUGGAGGAAAUUGACAAGGAAAUCAGUGAAAUGAAGCUGUCGGUCAACGCCAGGGCUCGCAUUGUGGCAGAGGAGUUCCUCAAGAAUGUGACUGUGCAGUGCGCCAUGACUGACAUAACUGUCCACUGUGAGUUGCUCUACAGGCAGUGGAGCUGGCACCAAGAAUAUGCAGGAGAUGCAGCCUCUCUGAUAGAUGGACACUCACAACGUAGCAUCAGCUUCAACUUUUCCUUCAACCCAGAGCGCCUUAAGCAAGCCAGACAAUACGUGGAGAGAGCCAUCAAGCAAAGGAAGAUCUUCAUGGUGCAUGGCCCUUACCCUGUGAUCCGGAGACGACUGCUUGGCAGGGGUUGGGUGGAGAGGAAGUUUCCCAAGUUGGCUAAGGUUGUUAAUAAGCGAGAACGUAUGCCUGAUGGGGAGCAUGAAGAAGAUGGAGAUGACAGUGAUGUGCCUGAUGAUGAUGAUGAGGAGGAGGAGGAGGAAGAUGAACAAGAUGAUGCCAUUGAUAGUACCUAUAGCCUCAUGUCAAGGCUGGUUCGCAACCAGAUCCCUUAUUUUAUAUGGACCAACCGGCGUGAUGUCAUUGACUGCCGCUUCCUGCGUAAAGAUCAGAUGAUGAAUCACUAUGCCAGGGCAGGCACCUUCACCACCAAGGUAGGGCUGUGUCUUAACCUACGAAACCUGCCAUGGUUUGACCAGGCUGAUGCUGAUACAUUUUUUCCACGCUGUUACCGCCUUGGAGCUGCAGAUGAAAAACAUGCCUUUAUUGAGGAUUUCCAGCUCACUGCAGCCAGAAGCCUUCUCAAAGUGGUGGUGAAACGAUACUGGAACAAGCCCCCCACCAUGACAACAAUGGAUGAUGAUCAGAAUGACCUCCCAAAUGGCCAGGAGUCUCCAGAAGCUAAACAGUGCACCAGCCGGAAGAAAGGGGCCCAACUCUCAUCCCAGAUAAUUGAGAACGCGAUACAUGCCUGCGAGGAGCACUUGAGCAGCUUAAGGCAUCAGGACAUUGACAGAGAAUCCGGAUCUCCUUUGCUAAUGACAAAGGCACACUGGGAAGAUUUUCUAAAUGGCUACUACCAAGUAGCCCACGAGGGGACACAGAUGGUGCAGACAGGUGCCCAUGUCGAGCGGUGUGAAGAUGUCCUGCACCGACUGGCAAAGGUUGUUCCCCAGCUGGACAUGGAAGGUGACAGGAGCAUAUGGAUUGUAAAGCCAGGAGCCAAGUCCCGGGGCAGAGGCAUCAUGUGCAUGGACCGCUUGGAGGAAAUUGUGAAGCUAGUGGAUUGCGAUCCCAUGAUCGUCAAGGAUGGCAAGUGGGUGGUACAGAAAUACAUUGAGACACCCCUGCUCAUAUUUGGCACCAAGUUUGAUCUGCGCCAGUGGUUUCUGGUGACUGACUGGAACCCACUUACCAUCUGGUUCUACCGGCAUAGCUACAUCCGCUUCUCUACACAGCCCUUUUCUCUACACAACCUGGACACCUCCAUCCACCUCUGCAAUAACUCCAUCCAGAAGCACUAUGAGAACUCACUGAAUCGCCACUCUGAGCUUCCCCCUGACAACAUGUGGUCAUCUGAGCAGUUCCAGAUCCACCUGCGGCAGAUGGGGGCACCUGAGGCGUGGUCAAAGGUGAUUGUGCCUGGCAUGAAGGCAGCGAUCAUUCACGCCAUGCAAACCUCACAAGACUUGGUGGAGUUCCGCAAAAACAGCUUUGAGCUCUACGGCGCAGACUUUCUCUUUGGAGAAAACUACCAGCCGUGGUUGAUUGAGAUCAAUGCUAGCCCCACUAUGGCAGCCUCCACUGCCGUCACCACCCGACUUUGUGCCAGCGUACAAGAAGACACCCUACGUGUGGUCAUUGACCGCAAGUAUGAUCGCAACUGCAACACAGGAAACUUUGAGCUCAUCUACAAGCAGGCAGCUGUGGAAAUCCCACAGUAUGUUGGCACUAGCCUUGUAGUAGAAGGGUCCACUGUCAAGAAGCCUCGGCCUGCAUUCCAAAGAAGCCCUGUUCCUGGUGAUAACAGGAACAGCUGUAGCCAGCAGCAGCCCAAGGCCUUGAAGCUGACCUACCGACGCAGUAACCAUGAUACCCCUCGACCACCUACCCCAUGCUGGGCAUCCGCAUACAGCAAGGCAACAGAGCCAGCAGCUCCUGGAAAGGAGAACAAAGCCAGGGAGAAGACUCCCUCCAGCAAGAUCCUUUCUUCAAUGUCUGUGAGGUUCAAGCUGCCCAGCAAGCUCAAACCGGACCCUCGUAACAGGAGGAUCCUGAUGGCACACAGCAUGGCUACCACCACUGUUAUCCCAGGGGACAAGUUGUCACACCCGGCUCAGCUCUGUGGCAAAUCCAGCUCUCAGAAUCUGGACCCUGGCCCACAGGAGUCCACCCUGCAUCAUGCCAAGGUCUCCAAGCCUACCAGUGUGAUGGUUCAGGUGCCCAGCAAAGCAACCCCAGUGGCAGGCCCGGCUGCAUUCCACAAGCUCCCCUGCCUCUUCUGCAAAGAUGAAAAGGCUGUGGCAAGUUGGCAAGUGCUGCGCUGCUGUUCCAGAGCUGGGCCUUUACUUCCUAGAGCUCCCAAAUUCUACUACAGCAAGGCAGUCAUCUCAUGCCAGGCUCAGGAUGAGCAGCAGCAGCAGCUGCCACCUCUGGUACCAGCUUUUGAAAACCAGAAGCCUGUAUUGCCUCGCGUAGGGGGAAAAGACUAUGAAACCACCUGGAAUAAUUCCACCAUGGUAGAGGACUCUGUGUCUUCAGUCUGAUAAAAAUGGAAGAGGAGCUCCAGUGGAGUUGCACUUAGAAAUACACUCUAGUUUUGAGCUCUUAGAAGACUUCUAGUGGAUCACAUGAUGCCUGAAUCAGUUGCCUAAAUUCUGAAGAUGACUGGGGCUCUUCAACUUCCCUGCACCUGCCUGUGGAAGUAGAUUUCUGCUAUGGUAUUCCCAUCAUGUGGUUAGAUAAACUUUAGGAAGAUUUCAAACCCUCAGCAUGAAAAACCAAGCACCCUUUGAGACACCUUCCUCCACACCCAAGAAGAGAAGAGACUAAAAGCCAUGGAAAAAGAAGACCAAAGCUGCUGAGAGUGAGAGACCUGUUGCUCAUAGAGAGCACCCUGGUCAAAGCAGGGGAGGAGGGCAUUGACAGUUUUUUAUCUAGCAGGGGCAAUACAAAUUGCUCUCUUGCUGUAAACAUACAAACAUGCAGACCCACACACACACACCCUUCCAGGAAGAUAACAUAUGGUUCCAUUGUUCUAUCUCACAUGCUAAAACAAAGAACCAUGAUUGUGACCCUCUGCCUUUGUCAAUCCUUAACCCAGGGAUCAGCAACUGGUGUGUUCAGAGCUCAGUUGGGCUCCCUUAAUCAAGACCAGUUACCAGCACCCACUGCUGCCAACUCACAAGCAAGAGUAUAUGAGCAGAGGGAUUGGCGGGUCUGGCUAUGGGGCAUGCUGGCAAUCCAUUUUGGGGAAGUGGGGACAGUCUGGUACUUUUUAUUGCCUCAAAAUAGCUUUCCAGUAAAAAACUAAUUGCUAGCCAGGGACUUAAACAUGAAUUGCAACCUGGCCAGUUUAUAACUAACCAGCCUGUAAAUCUAGUAUAAUUGCUCUGACAGUGAGAAAUAGUGUUAAAAUAAGUGGAGGAAAAAUAAGAGAAAUCUUAGUUUUAAUACCAUUGUAGAAGUUUGCUAAGAACAGAUGCCUGGUCAUUUUUUUAAAAUGUAAAGAUAUGUAUGUAUGGGGAAAUAGUGAUCUAGGGCAGCCUUUCCCAACCUUUGGGCCCCCAGAAGUUGUUGGACUAUAACAGCCAUCAGGCCCAGCCAGCAUGGCCAAUGGUCAGGGAUGAUGGGAAUUGUAGUCCAGCAAAUUCUGGAGACCAGCAGGUUGAGAAAGGCUGACUAGAGGACAGAAUUCUACAGACCCCAUUCUUUAAAGAAGUAUUAUUCUUGAAGUAGGUUUCAGGUAGGAUUGCCACUCUUUUCCCCCUUGCAGUGCUCCUGUGACCUUAACAGCUGGCAGGCAAUCAGAUUCAGCAGAUGAUACAUUUUUCAUCACUAGGGGUGGUAUCUAGAUACAUCCAAUAGCACAAGCAUUUCCACU